AUGACGACGACCACUGCGUCUCUGUUUUCGCGGUUCCACUCUUCUUCUGCUUCUUUAAACGUCAAAUGCGAACUCGAAUCUCCAGAGAAAACGCUACACUUCUCUCCUGCGACAAGGAAACAUGUUGUCAGAUCGUUAAAAGCAUGUCGUAUCCGCUGCUCCUCCAAUGAUCCUGGUUCGCGUCAUGUAUUCGUGUCCAGUAGAAGAAACCUGGUGGUCAUGUUGUCCACUGUGCAGCUUCUGUCUCAUUUGCUUCCUCCAAGUGGAAAGGCAGCUGACAUGUAUCCAGUGAUGAAAGAAGAGAUAAGGAGAGUGGUGACGAAGGGUAAAGCUGCUGGUGUGCUUCGUUUAGUGUUUCAUGAUGCUGGAACCUUUGAACUUGAUGAUAACAUAGGUGGCAUCAAUGGGUCUAUUGUUUAUGAACUAGAGAGACCUGAAAACGCAGGUUUGAAGAGAUCCCUAAAGGUUCUAGAGAAAGCAAAGGUUAAGGUUGAUGAGAUACAACCAGUUUCUUGGGCGGAUAUGAUCGCUGUCGCUGGGUCUGAAGCAGUCUCAAUGUGUGGAGGCCCAACAAUUCCAGUAGUUAUAGGAAGACUUGAUUCAAUGAAACCUGAUCCAGAAGACAAGCUACCUCCAGAAUCCCUCAAUGCCUCGGGUUUAAAACAAUGUUUCCAAAGAAAAGGAUUCUCGACCCAAGAACUUGUUGCCUUGUCUGGUGCACAUACGAUUGGGAGUAAAGGCUUUGGAGAUCCAUUUACUUUUGACAAUGCUUACUACAAAAUUCUUCUUCAAAAACCUUGGAGUUCUACCACAUCCAAAAUGACGAGCAUGGUUGGGCUUCCUUCGGAUCAUGCCCUCGUGGAUGAUGAUGAGUGCUUAAGGUGGGUGAAAGAGUAUGCGGAAGACCAAGACAAGUUCUUCAGAGACUUCACCAAUGCUUAUAUCAAACUAGUUAACUCUGGGGCCAAAUGGAGAACGUUAUGA